AUGGCGCAAACGUCUUCGACCGGUGAAGCUGAUACUUUUGACUCAAUCUGCAUUACUCGGCUUCACGAACAUUCACAUGGUGGCCUGGCUUCCGGAUCGUUAGAGCACUUCGUGUCUCCUGUAUCUAUCGACCUAGGAGGACCACACACUAUCUCUACUGCUCUGGCAUCCAAACUCCUCGAAAUCGGCCUCGACGAACUAGACGCCUUGGUAAAGAUUAAGAGACACAUUGUUCAUGUUGACUGGAGAUACGAAACUCCAAAUCCCAAAUUCACAACGAGGCACCUUGUCAUCGCAGGAUCAUUUCCCAUGAUCGCAUUCGCUGGCGGGACACAAUGGUUUGAGAACGUUGCCAGAACGUCAGUCUUUCGAGGUGAACAGGAGACAAUGCCUAUUCCGGAUGAUCUACGGGAUCCAGCAUGGAUUACUCCUCUGACCUCACGGAAACCUUCCUUGAAUACUGGACCCCAACUUGGAAACCUCAGCGGCUUGCAACACACAUGCCGGCAAGAGCCAAAUCGAUGGGCCAGAGCUCUUUCUCCCCCAGAACUUUCAGACACCUCUCGGACAGUAUCCCCGGACCCAGAAGAUGACCAGCUAUCCAACUGCUCAGACACAGCUUCAACUGGGAGCGCAUUCUCUGAGGCUACAGCCCCCCGCAUCUACACCCCCGCGCCAUCUAGGCAGAACUCUUCCAGCCUAGCCGAUAUCAAUGGUGCCUGGAUGGACUGCCAGAUCCAACAGCAAUUCCAAAGCGAGGCCUUUCAACAGCAAAGAAAACAGGCUGAAGACCUGUAUAUGCGCACCGGAGAUGUCAGUGGCCUCAUUGGCGUGAUCAAGACAGCGAGCCAGUUCUCACAGAGUGGUUCAUCCACUGGAGCUUUUGGGCCAUAA